UAAACAAAGAUUUCCUUAAGCCUGGCUUUUUACCGCCGUACCGAACAGUAAAAGCGGCGAUCAGCCAAGCCGAAUCUUCAACAUACAAGUACCAUCGUGAACUCCUCGUGGCUCGUGUGGUAACACAUAUCUUCUUGCCACGGCUGAUACUCGUCAGCAAGAAUUCGCACUCGUGGGUGACUAUGAUCUUCGGCUUUGAUCAUGCAAUAUGAGCUGGCGGCUGGCGCGCGAGUGUGGUGACGAGAGCGAGGACAUGCAUGGCAUGAACCACGAGGCUCUCGCGACUUCCUAACUCAAGGACAAUCACUUCACAAAUCUCACCCUUCGAAGGUGUCCCUAGUCAGCAUCCCCCCCCGGGAGUACCAAGACACAGUGUGAAUUUCCCAAGAUGGCCGCCAACUACUGGACCUCCUCCCAACGCAAAUACUGGACCUUCACCCCCUCCAAACUAUCCGACAUCCGCGACGACCUACAAAAACAACACCCGAAAGUCUACGAACAACACCCAUACCCCGACCGUCGACACUUGAUGAUCUUUCUUCGCGACCGUCUCCUCCAACUCGCCAAACGUCUACAAUUUCGCCAACAAUGCAUAGCAACAGCUCUAGUCUACCUCCACCGGUACUUCGUCACCGUGCCCAUGCAGAACGUCAACCUUUACUUGCUUACAGCAACAGCAUUCUACCUCGCCAGCAAAACCGAAGAAUCCCCUCACCACAUCAGGCUUGUGGCAGCGGAAGCACGCCAGUCCUGGCCCGAGUUCAUGCCCGGCGACGUCGCAAGGCUAGGCGAGAUGGAGUUCUGUCUCAUCUCAGAAAUGCGCAGCCAGCUUAUUGUCUGGCAUCCGUACCGCUCUCUAAUCAGCCUGAAAGAAAACCAGGACCUCAAGCUCUCUAACGACGAGCUGGGUCUGGCAUGGUCGAUCAUCAACGACAGUUACAUGACGGACUUACCGCUGACGUGUGCUCCGCAUACCAUCGCAGUGAUUGCGAUGUUCAUGGCCGUUGUCUUCCUACCCACCGCAAAGGCAGCCGGCACACUACGACCAUUAGGGCACGACACAAUUUCGAAUCCUGACAAUGGCCCCUUUUCGUCACUCGUCGGGCGUCAGAACAUCUCCGGAUCGUUCAGCAGCGUGCUCGGCAAUCUACAAAUGUCCAACCACGCAGCGGCGGCUCAAAACAAUGCAAACACUAAUGGUAAAGCUCCGGCCCAACCCCAGCAGCCAUUCGAUAAGGAGAAAGCGAUUGCAGCGGCCAAAGAAUCCGAAAAGAUGCAGAACAUGAUCAAAUUCCUGGUAGAAUCGGGCAUCGACCUCGAACGCAUGAUCGAAGCUACCCAGGAAAUGAUCGGGCUGUACGACGCUUGGGAGAACUACAGCGAAAAGUCGGUCAAAGACACCAUUGCUCGCUGUCUGAAGUCGCGAGGAUUAGAUGCCUGAAUAAUCAUACAACUUUACGGGCUGAUUCCAGCAGUGUAUCUUGCAAGACAUGGCAUACCCAUGCAAUCCAUUACUUGACUGUGGCAUUUCCCGCAACCCCAAGUUGCCUCCUCAAU